AUGAAAAUAUUUAAAAUUAAAAAAAAAAAUUUGUUAUCAUGGCGGACGUUAUGGUUUUUGUGCGGGUUGUUCGUGUCUGCGACAACCGGACAACAAUCAUCGAACGAAAACAAUUACAAUAGUAAAAAUCGAUUUUAUUCACCGUGGAACGUUCCGAAUCCUCCGUCCUCGCCUCAUCACGAUGGGUAUCACGGUAGCAACGUGGAUAAUAGUUUGGGUGGAACGCGAGAGCAACAACAACAACAACAGCAUUUGGCCGAUCACGGCAACAGCAUAGAUCAUAGAAUUUUUUCAACGGCGAACAAAUACGACGUCGUGACUAUCGAACCCGAAAUUCCAGGAGGGAGAAAUGAUAAAAACACGCCACUCUACGGUGGAACCAUUGACGGACCGAUAAGACUGGAAAAAAGCAAAAGUCCAUACGUCGUACGUGAGGACGUCAUCAUUGACAAGAAUGGAGAAAUGAUAAUUGAACCUGGAGUCACUGUUAAAUUUUCUCCAAUGGCCGUAUCGUUUCUCAUCGUUAUCAGAGAUAAUGAUUCGUUGGGUUGUUUGUAUUUACACGAGUCGUAA